AUGUUCAGAAAGCUCGCCGCCGCAGCUUUGCUGCCCUCUGCUCUCACUGGUGUCCUUGCCGCGCACACAGGCAGCAAUACCUGCGCAAAUGUGCACAUGAUGCUUGCCCGCGGAACAACCGAGAGCUAUCCGGGGCUGUUGGGCUCUUUGACCGAUCUCGUCAUGGCCGCAGUUCCGGACAGCGACUACGAGGACAUCAUCUACCCAGCUACCCAGGAAGGCUCUACUCCUAGCUACGAGGAAGGCAUCUUCAACGGCACCGCUCAAUUGAAGGCUUACGUUGCAGCCUGCCCAGAGUCCAAAGUGGUCUUGUUCGGAUACUCUCAGGGAGCCAUGGUCGUCAGCGACAUGUUAGCCGGCGGCGGCGAUAAUGGAACCUUGGGCAAUAUCACUAGCCCGUCUGUUGACCCGGACACUCUGGGCUCGCACAUCACCGCUGUGCUCCUCUACGGCGACCCCCGCCACAUGCCCAACCAGACAUACAAUGUCGGAGAUGUCACUGCGACUGGCCUCGAGGCGUUGUCGAAGUACGCCGACAGACUCCACGACUACUGUGACGAUAAGGAUGGCGUCUGUGAUGCUGCGGGAACCAAUCUCUCGGCUCAUUUGGCUUAUGCUACUAUUUGGGACAAGACGACCGCUACUUGGGUGGAGAGCAUGGUGGAGAAGAUGUAA